AUGUCCAUGAUGGACAUAAAGAAAAUAGAGGAGUGGGUAACUGGAUUCAAACUUUUCAAUAUCAUCACUGCCGUCGCACUCGUAUGCCUUCUGAUGCUGUUGGAUACGUCAAUUGUUUCGACGGCAAUUCCUCGGAUCACGAGCGAAUUUCAUUCUCUUGCUGAUGUCGGUUGGUAUGGGAGCGCAUAUCAACUUGCCAGUGCGGCUAUUCAACCUCUCACCGGCAGAGUCUAUAUGAACCUUAGCACAAAGUGGACCUUUGUUGGUUUCUUUUUUGUAUUUGAGCUGGGUUCUCUAAUAUGUGCUAUCUCUACCUCGUCAAAAAUGUUGAUUGUUGGACGAGCCAUCGCUGGAAUGGGGGGCUCGGGAAUCUUGAAUGGAGCUUUCACGAUAGUUUCUGGAUGCGUACCCAUGUCUAAGCGCCCCACAAUGAUAGGUCUUGUUAUGGGAGUUUCGCAGGUGGGCUUAGCAGCUGGACCACUGAUUGGAGGUGCAUUGACGGAGUAUACAUCAUGGCGGUGGUGCUUCUACAUCAAUCUUCCAGUUGGAGGCUUAGUUGCAAUCAUGCUCGCCUUUGUCAAGAUACCCGAGAUUCUUCCUAAACAGAAAUUCACCACCGCUAUCCGAGUCUUACCAGGUCAGCUGGAUCUUAUUGGCUUUGCUCUGUUUGCCCCAUCUGCAAUCCAACUACUGCUCGCGCUUCAGUAUGGUGGUAAUCAAUUUACUUGGCAUAGCUCCCAGGUGAUUGGUCUUUUCUGCGGAGCCGGUGCCACGUUUUUUGCUUUUCUUAUUUGGGAUUACAGACAAGGGGAUAAGGGUAUGAUACCAUUUUCGAUGAUUCGCAAAAGGAUCAUAUGGUCAAGCAGCCUAUCCUAUGGACUACUCAUGGCUCAGGUCUUUUGUGUGUUAUGGUAUCUUCCUCAGUAUUUCCAGGGGGUAAAACACGACAGUCCAUUGAUGAGCGGUGUCCAUCUUCUCCCCAGUAUUCUUGCUCAUUUAUGCGGCGCCGUUAUUUCGGGCAAGAUUAUUGAAAGAGCUGGCUACUACCUCCCCAUAAUGCUUAUUUCUGCCUCACUCACGGCGGUGUCCAAUGGUCUGCUGUCAACGUUGUCGCCCCAUACAUCAACAGGGAAAUGGAUCGGAUAUCAGAUCCUUCUCGGAGCAUCUCGUAGCCUAGGCGUGCAGAUACCCGUUAUUGCGGUUCAGAAUGCCCUUCCGCCUUCACAGAUCCCUGUAGCCACUGCACUAAUGAUGUUCAGUCAAACCCUCGCAGGUGCCUUAUUUCUCAGCUUCUCAGACACUAUAUUCACCAAUAGCCUUUCAAAACUGAUUCCCACAUAUGUCCCUUCUGUGGAUCCUCAGACAAUUAUCCAUGCAGGAGCCACCGAGUUUCGCUCAUAUGUCUCUGAGCCGCAGCUAGCGGGAGUAGUUCUGGUCUACGCGAAGAGUGUCGAUCGAGUCCUAUAUUUGACGACGGGGACGGCUUGCGGAUGCUUUUUCUUUUCUUGCUUUAUGGGCUGGAAGGAUAUUCGGAAGAAGGAGGUAGUUUCGAAGGCUUGA